UGCUGUUGCACGAGCUGGUCCUGGAUCAUCUGCAUCAACCAGCUCUCAGUCUUUAAAUAAUUCUUCUAGUUCUACAGUGGCUGCAUCUUCAACUAGUAAAGUUGGUCCAACUUCAUGGAUGCACACUGUCUCAUCUUUUACCCGUUCCACCAGGAUUAUCUGGAGCUCCAGGGACACCAGGCCCUCUCGGACUAGUGCCAUCCCCACUGAAGGAUGCUUCACCAGCAAUUUUGGAUUCAAACUCUUCUGCAGUAUGGAGACCCAGUGUGUCAACUGCUCCUGCUCCAUCAAAUCAAGCAAUUCAGCAUUCAACAUACCCUACCCAUCCAUCGUUACCUCCUAUAACUGGUUCCUCUCAGGGACACUGGUUGCAGCACCCACAGACGGGUGUCAUGCCUAGGCCGCCUUUUUCGUCAUAUCCCCCUGUUUAUCCUACUCCCUUUCUUUUGCCGACACGUGGCAUACCUCAUCUUUCUGUUGCAUCAAAUGAUUCUUUACCUCCUGGUGUUCCUUCUGUGACAAAUGUUGGUGCAACUCCCACAUCUUCUGCUGCUUCGGGGCAACAAGUGGUAGGCGCUUCAGGGAUGCAGACAGAACCACCUUCUGGAAUUGAUAACAGGGAAUGUGUACAUGAGUUCGACGCAAACGAGCGAUCUGCUGUCAAUGAACAAUUAGAUGCAUGGACAGCCCACAAGACUGAUACAGGGGUUGUCUACUAUUAUAAUGCUGAAACAGGAUAAUCAACUUAUAACAAACCUGCUGGCUUUAAGGGGGAGGUUGACAAAGUUUCUGUGCAACCAACUCCGGUUUCAAUGUAAGUUAUUUAAAUUUGGCAAUAUCUUACUAGCAGUUUUGUC